UACGCUACUUUUGACUGCAAGCAAACCCGCCGUGGGUUCCUGUUGUAGUUUUCUUCUUUCGUCAUCAAAAAGCCGCUGCAGCCCAAUUUUCGCCUUGUUUGAGUUUAGGCCUGCGAAUACGAGUGUGGAAUUGAAGGGAGUCAUAAGGAAAUGGAAAUAAGCUUGGGGAAAGUGGCGUUUGACCUCGAUUUUCAUCCAUCAGAGCAAUUAGUGACUGCAGGUCUCAUUGAUGGUGACCUUCACUUAUACCGAUAUUCAUCUGGUUCAGUACCUCAAAGAGUGUUGGAAGUACAUGCACACAGCGAAUCUUGCAGAGCUGCUCGAUUUGUGAAUGGGGGCAGUGCCAUUUUGACGGGGUCUCCAGACCACACAAUUCUUGCAACGGAUGUGGAAACUGGUUCUGCUAUCGCUCGCCUUGAAAAUGCUCAUGAGGAUGCAAUUAAUAGACUUAUAAACUUGACUGCGUCCACCAUUGCCUCGGGUGAUGAUAAAGGCUGUAUUAAGGUCUGGGAUACCAGACAACGAUCUUGCUGCAAUUCAUUUAACGCUCAUGAGGACUACAUCUCCGAUAUGACUUUUUCAUCUGAUUCCAUGAAACUCCUGGGAACUAGUGGGGAUGGAACUCUGUCUGUUUGCAAUCUUCGAAAAAAUAAGGUCCAAGCUAAAUCUGAGUUUUCAGAAGACGAGUUACUAUCUGUUGUUAUCAUGAAGAAUCGUCAGAAAGUUGUUUGCAGCUCACAAACCGGGAAUAUAUUGUUAUAUUCAUGGGGUUGUUUCAAGGAUUGUAGUGAUCGUUUUAUUGAUCUCUCUCCAAAUUCUGUUGAUGCUUUGUUGAAGCUUGAUGAAGAUAGACUUAUUGCUGCAUCAGAGACCGGACUUAUCAGCCUAGUAGGCAUAUUACCAAACAGAAUCAUCCAACCAAUUGCAGAGCACUCAGAUUAUCCAGUAGAGCGUCUAGCUUUUUCUCAUGAUAAAAAGUUUCUGGGCAGUAUAGCACAUGACCAGCUGUUAAAGCUGUGGGAUAUGGAUGAUAUAUUGCAAGGCUCUGGAACUACUUCAAGGACUGAAGCAACUGUGGGGGACAGUGAUAGUGAUGAGAUGGAUACAGAUAUUACUCCAAAGUCUAGAAAAGGAACAAAGAGAAAAAAUGCAAGCAAAGAUCAUGUUACGGGUUCACAAAACUUUUUUGCCGAUUUACAGAUGGAUGGUUGAUUACAAAUUCUCUACGUUGACAGACAAUUGCACCGAGGAAUAUAAGCUACCCCUGUCAAUCACAUACUCCUACAAAGAAGCGAGGUUCCUGUGGAAUUUUUUUUUUCCUUUGUUUAGGGAGUUGUAAAAUAUUCAUUUUGAUAUUUUUAUUUAGGGUUUUGUCCUAUUUAUCUAUGUUCACAAAGAGUCUUAAUUUGAUUUCUUCACUGCUCCAGAGUCUAGACGAGUCUUAAUUUGAUUUAUUCGCUUCUACAUUCACAAAGAGUCUUAAUUUGAUUUUU